CUGAUCCCCGCCGCCUGUCGAAUCAUAUCGCCGACCAUGUCAGCUGUAUGUAGCCACGAGCCGUGAACGUCGAUUGCAGUGUUCAAUGCGAAGCUCGAAUAGCCACAGGUGCAUCGUGACGACUUUCAGCGACCAUGAGUGCGGAUGAAGGGAAGAAGAAGGCCAGGGCGGCUGUCCAGGCCACGUUCGACAGGUACAAGCUACUGGCUUCGAAGCGGCCUCAAGAUCACAUCGACUUUGACCGCGAGGUCAUGAACAACAUGAAGGUCAUAGAUGCUGGGCCUGAAGGCUCCGUUGAGUACGAGCUAUACAUUGCACCCAACUUCUCCAAUCUCAACAAUGUCAUGCACGGCGGUGCGGCUGGCGUCAUCUUCGAUAUGUCGACCACUACCGCCUUGUGUCCAGUUGCCCGCCCUGGUUUUUGGGAGUUCAUGGGCGGCGUAACGCGGACGCUCAACAUCUCAUACCUGAAAGCAGUACCAAUUGGUACCACAGUACGGCUGGUUAGCAGGGUAAAGAACGUAGGUAAGCAGAUGGCCAUGAUCCGGGGUGAGAUGACAAGUCUUGAUGGAAAAAUCACCUAUUGUACGGCUGAACAUCACAAGGUGAAUGCUCCUGUGCUGCCGGAACAUUUGAGUGCGAGGAUACCCUGGGACGAUGAGUUUGAGAAAGAAUGGGGGGUUGUGAAGGGAAAAACCGAGGUAGGCGUGAAGAGCAAGAUAUAGACCAACGGAAGAUUCGAAAGGAUGCGCAGAUGUCGU